GAUACACCUUUGUUUUAGUUGUGUGUGUUAGUCUGACUUGUUAGCCAGUGGAGAGAUGUACGUCUGACUAUUGACACAAUUGGACACGUUUUGUAUCGCAAAAUUAGUGGCAGCAUUGGUACCAGGAUUUGUAGGCGUGGUGAGCUGAUCAAAACAUGGUCCCAGAGCCCGAGUCUAAUUAAUGGGUAAACUUUGCCAUGUGUGACUUAAUUUCAGUCUCAGGUUCCAAAGCAUCGAAAACAGUAUCUCCACGACACAUGUAGAUAUAGGCGUAGCACUUAGGGACUCGUGGUUUUGGCUGAGAACUGGUAGGCAAGUGUUGACAGACGGCAGAAGGCUCAGUAGCAGACGACAGUUCCUCUCUUGGCGUCUGCAAUCAGGAGCAGACGGUACGAUUAACAGAUUAGCAGACGAUAGGGAUUAAUUCGCGGUGAGAUUAUCACAGACGGGAGGCGAUAGCAACUUCAGCAUGAUGAUGAUGACAGACUAUCGUAGCUGCCGCUACGACCACAACGCACCCGUUUUCACCGGACCAUCGUUCGCGGGAGCAGACAUGUCAGACGCGAGGCAAAUCAUGGACAUAUCUUACUCCCAUCCUGGGGGUAACCCUGAUUAUUUUGGACCCCCGAAUGGGUCUUAUCAUCGGUCGUAUCCUCGUCAGUAUCCUGAGGUUUAUGGCUAUCAUUCUAGUAGUGGGAUGCCGCCGCAUUUCUUCAAUUCAGGCGGUGACCAAACGGCCGUUGACUAUCGACCUCGACAUCAUUCGCAAAUGAAGGAGAAGGGGUUUGUGUCGUCCAAGGAAGACUCGACUGGAGGCGAUGACGAACCAAGAUCCUGCUCAAGCAUCAAAGACGACAAGAAUGAUAUGUUGGACGACAAGGAUAGCCCGAGGUCUUGCUCCCCCAUCAAAGAUGAAUCCGGCAGCAUGAGCGACGACCACACCUCCGACGACGACAACGAACACAUCCCCCACGUUCUAGCCCCUGGGUACCAUGGACCCAACAGAAGGUGUCUGCUUUGGGCCUGCAAAGCGUGCAAGAAGAAGACUGUGACAAUUGACCGGCGGAAGGCGGCGACGAUGCGGGAACGACGUAGGUUACGGAAAGUGAACGAAGCGUUUGAGACACUUAAAAGACGGACGUGCCCGAAUCCGAAUCAGAGACUACCAAAAGUUGAAAUUUUGAGAAACGCUAUAGAAUAUAUUGAAAGUUUAGAGGAACUGCUUCACGGCAGUAGGAUACCAAGAGGUGACGACAACUGUAAUGAUGCCGGCUCUUCAAGCAGUGGUUCUGACUAUAUGACUGUUCACAGUCCGCAGUACUACGACAAACUACACCACAUGCCCAACAACGGCGGUGGCGGCGGCGGUGGGGACAUUGGCGGCAACUAUAACCAUGGCAACAACUACGAUCAAGUCCAGUCCGGUGGGGGCGUGUCCAGCCUUGACUGUUUGUCCCUCAUUGUGGAAAGCAUCUCACCCAAUAAACAAGCCUCCGUCAUCUCCAACAUGGCCGCCUCAGACAGGCCGUUAUGAAACGUCAAAUAACGUGUAGAUCGUCACGUCACGUAACUAUACAUGGCUUCUGACGUAACCAAUGUCGGAAUAACGCACUAAGCUCAACGUCAUGAUGGUAUUCCUACAACUGCAUGGGUGCUAAUCACUGAACAAUAAAGCGGCGUCAUCAACGUCGGUCGACGUCAUUAAGAAACAAAACCCUCUGUCGACGUCAAUGAGUGUCAGUAGGUACACGGCAAGGAAGCUUCUUACCAGAGAAUGAAGCGACGUCAUCAACAUCAGUGGACGUCAUUGAGUAACAGUAACGUAGUCGACGACAUUUGAUAAAAAUGAGGCGUUAUUAACGUUGGUAGACGUCAUGGAGAGUUCGUAGCGUUAUACGUCACAUUCUUCUGGACGAUGAACUAACAACAGAUUGAGUGUUAUUUCACUGCUAUCAUAGUCAUUACGUGAGGGGCCUAUUUCAUAUAACGUCGUGUGACGUAAACGAAGACGUGGCGUGAUUCGUGAGGAUGCUAUUCAUGACGUGGUGACGUCUUUGACAGAUGUGUGACAAUGAACAAUGUCAGAUAGGUGUGUCUGAACUGCCACAGCGACACGUAUUGUACAUAGAGCCAAUAUUGGUGGCACCAUAGUGCCAGGAACCAAUAUUAACCGCACCUGGAUUCAAGGUGCCUAUGCAAUAUAUUUGUUGAUAUGCUUUUUAUCAGGAGUUAAAAUUAUCGUAGCAUUUGGUAUCAUUUUUAUCAGUUACAAAUUUAUAAAUGUCAAGUUUGUCAUGCUUAUGAUUUUUAAAAAAAAGGUUUUAUUUAUUUGUUUAUAUUGUUAAUCGAUUCAAUCGAUUUUAGACCUUAGAUUUAUAAUUUAAUGUCACUCGCACAACACGUUAUGCAAAGCAUUUUUAGUUAGAAAGAAAGAAAUAUGACGAUAUUGAUAAACACGCUGGUCUAUUCGGCGAAAUAGUUUUGAUUGCGCAUGCGUACACUGUCACUUCCUGUCGAACAACUGAAUAUGUAUAUAAGGAUGACGAGGUAGCACUAGAUCUCGCGAAAUUUGCCACGAAUGUUACAACCUCGCACAAUUUGAAUCAUGUGUAAUAUUUUUAAGUCAAAUGUAAUAAACGAUGUGAACGAAAA